AUGGAAAUGGAGACGAUGAUGAAGAUCGCCGGAGUAAUGCCGCCGGGGGAAAAGACGGAGAAGGAGCUGUCGACGAGGGGAGCCCCGGAGCAGUGGAGAACAAAGAGAGGUGGCGGCUACCCUUCCCUCACAAACCCUAGGGCGCGGGACGUGGAUCCGCGUCGCAUAGCAGCUGGGCGGCCAUUGGGCCGAGUAGACUUGGGCCGCAUAUCUGGUCUCUCUGAUGGGUCAAGGAAGGAAGAAGAGCCCAUCAUUCAGGGUUAG